AUGGACACAUCUUAUCCAAAAGAAGAGGAUUCCUGUCUCCCACAUGUCGACAACACGCAAUACAGGCAAGCAAUUGGAGCCUUACUUUAUAUAGCUACAGUAACCAGACCGGACAUUACCUUCACUGUGAACAUAUUGAGCAGGAAGGAUGAAUCUCCCAAUGAAAAGGAUUGGAAAGCAGUUCUAAGAGUCAUUGAAUAUUUGGACUCAACGAAGGACAUUUAUUUACAAAUUGACUCUAGCAGUCCACCAACUCUUACCUGUUACACAGAUGCUGAUUUCGCAUCUGACCUUGCCACUAGAAAAUCAACAGGGGGUACUGUAUUUUUCUUAGGGAACAAUCCUAUAUUUUGGUCCACUAAGAGACAAAAUUGUGUUUCAUUAUCUUCAACCGAGUCGGAGCUCAUUUCUGCAGCCACUGCUGCUCAAGAGCUGAAAUGGAUAUUAGAUCUAAUUAAAGAUUUUGGCCUAAUUCAAAAAUUGCCUGUUAAAAUGUUUGAGGAUAACAAAUCAACAAUUUCUUUAAUUCAACAUGGGAAAAUGAAUACUAGGUUAAAGCAUCUUAAUGCGAUGUCUUAUGAUAUAAGCUUGAACUUGGAUACUGAUAAAGGUUUGGUGUUAGAUUUUAAUGGAGAUUUAUGA